GGCACAGCUAGUUCAGCCGAUGAAAUCUUCCUGGAGCUUUGGCAAAGGUGAUCUCAGCAACAGCAAAACAAAACCAACCCUUCAGUCUCAGAAGACACACCAAGGAGCUAGACCUCAAGGAAUCCUUGCCGGCUCAGAAUGCCAGGUCUGUUCCUGCCUUCACCCUGCCAGAUUCUCUGACCAAGACCUAUGAGACUCCUGCUAAGCUAACCGAAGAAGACACCACAAGCGUGCCAAAGGUUUUCCGCGUUCCAUUGGAGGUUGAGCGUGUCAAAUGAUGAUCACUAAACCCUAUGCUUUAGUGCCAAAUCCUCGUCAGGUGGCACUUUAAAAUCCACAUGGUUGCCCUCGGUAGACGGGCAAAUUCUUCUGGCACGUGGUCUAGGCUGCUAUGGGUUGCUGGGACCCACACAUCAGUGGCACGUUUAGGCUCUCCUUGCUGUUUGUUUGGCUCACCAUUUCUGCUCUGGGACAUGGAAGCACAGCUGUGCAGCCAGAGUGCAAGCACUGGUGGCCCAGGGGUGACAGGCACAUCCAGAGCUACCACCACCUACAGGGUGAUGUGCGCUGCAGGCAUCUCUACUCCUCAACUCAUUACUUCCUACUCAUCAGCGGCAAUGGUAAAGUAGAGGGCACGCGGCAGAAAGAGCGUCUGAACAACAUCAUGGAGAUCCGAUCAGUGAACGUGGGCAUUGUGGCCAUCCGGUCAGUCCACAGCGGCUUCUACUUGGCGAUGAACAGAAAAGGGAAAAUCUACGGAACGAAAAUGUACAGCCGCAGCUGCGAAUUCAAGGAGCGGAUCGAGGAGAACGGCUACAACACCUACGCCUCCUUGCACUGGUACCACGAGGGGCGCCCCAUGUUCCUCUCCCUCAACGGCAGGGGCCUUCCGCGGCAGGGGACAAAGACCCGCAGGCAACAUCUCUCCACCCACUUCCUGCCCAUGCUCGUCUCCUGAUGCGACCUGAACUACUUUCUUAUAACAUACAAUAUUAUAUUAUAUAUUUAAAAAAACAUUUUGGGUGGGUGGGCUAUUUAUUUAAUUUUGUACUAAACUAAUUUUUUAA